AUGAUUUCUUUUCAAGCUAAACAAUUGACAUCAAUCUAUGAUAGUCUAAUGGAUAGUGUUCCAGAUUAUUCUCGUUUUUUCACUGUUGAUGAACUUUACAAUCAUUCACGCACUGUCGCAUUGAAUCAUACAUCCUUUGUACAAUAUCAAAACAUUGGCUAUUCUCAAAAUGGUGAAGCCAUUCCAAUGUUAACAAUGGGUAAUGGAAGUAAAUCUCUCUUACUUUAUGCAUGUCCACAUCCAAAUGAACCAAUUGGAUCUCUUCUAAUCGACUUUUUACUUAAUGCUCUAAUUGAUUAUCCUCAAUUACUUCUUACAUAUACUUGGCAUUUGAUUCCAUGUGUUGAUCCCGAUGGAACGCGACUUAAUGAAGGUUGGUUUUCAGGUCCAUUUACUAUUCGUAAUUAUGCACGAAAUUUUUAUCGACCACGUACAGAAGAACAAGUCGAAUGGACUUUUCCAAUUACAUAUAAAAAUUAUAGUUGGACAACACCUUCAAAUGAAACUCAAGCAUUAAUGUAUGCAAUUCGAUUAAUUCAACCAGAUUUUGUUUAUGGUUUACAUAAUUCGGGUUUUGGUGGCAUGUAUUAUUAUAUUAGUCAACCUCUUUUUGAUAUAUUUCCUCAAUUAGAACGUCUUCCAUCUUCAUUAGGAUUAUUCUUAGCUAAAGGUGAAGCUGAAGCUCCUUGGGUCAUUCGAUAUGAAUCUGCGAUUUUUAGUCCAUUAAGUUUGCCGAGUGCAUACGAUUAUUAUGAGAAAUAUACUCAUAGCGAUCCGGUAACAAUGAUGAGUGGUGGUGGUACUAGUUUUGAUUAUCUUGAAGAAAUUGGUCUGAAUAAAACGAUAUUUCUCAUGGCAGAAUUACCAUAUUUUCAAUCACCUAUGGUCAAAAAUGAUACAAUCAUUCCAAAUGUGACACGACGUGAUGUACUUCUUCAAGGACUUGAUAAAGACAAUGAAAGUAAUGCUAUUCUAAUGGAUUUAUUGACACAAAUCAAACCAGCAAUGACAUUUAAUUCGUCAUUCUAUCGUGCAUCUCGUUCAUUAUUAGAAUUAUAUAAUACAACUGCUGCUAGUCGUCGUCAAGCUGUACUAAAUGAUAAUUCUACUCUUGUACCAGCUACUGUUGCUAGUCAAGCGGAUGCAUUAUAUAUCUCGGUGUUUUAUAAAAUGUUGAUCGCUAGUAUGUUAGAUCGUGCAAUCAUAUGGCAAAUGGAACAACCAUCAGCAGAUAGAAAAUUACUUGAAAAUGCUCGAAUUGAACUUGAAAGUCAUCUUGAUGAUUGGAUUAAUGAUAUUGAGCAAAAUUUACCUUAUACACCUAUUCGUAUUCGUAAUCUUGUACAAGCUCAAUUAGGAGCAAUGCUAAUAGUCUUACAAAAAGUUGGACGUUGA